AUGGCAAGAAACCAAUCAAGCCAAACUCCAUCAAGGGGUUCAUGUGAUAGGAUUCGUAAAGCUACAUUUGGUCGCUUUCGUCCUUCAUUCUCAUCAAAACCUCGUGUUUCUUUCACUCAACCGAUGGCUCUUCAACAACCCUUUUCAGGAAAAGAGAUUCCGAUCGAGUUUGUUCCUCCCCCAGAGGUAAAAUCUGUUAAGAAUGUUCAUUUUUCUGGUAAGAAUGUGGAGAAACAUAGCAAUGGUAAUGGUAAUGGUGGUAAAGAGUUGGGUGAUCAUCAGAAGACGUUUGGUGAGGCAAGGUUUGAUAGCUUUAUUGGUCGUAUGAAAAUGAAAAUGAGUGCUCCUUCAGAUAUUGGAGAUGCAAAAACGGUUGCUGGGAACGAUAGUUUUAAUGACAAGGUGUCCACUUUCAUUGGCCGUGCAAGGCUUAAGUUGCGGGCCACAUCAAGUAUGGGUGCUAAUGGGAAGACGGUGUCGUUUAAGUGA